ACAUACGUGCUUAUCAGCAAAGCUCUCACUUCUAAGCUUUUAAGCCGCAAAAUUGACGCUUAGCAUUAAAAUACGAUCAAUAGAAGCAAUCAGUCAUAGUCGAGUAGCCAGUGAUACCAAGUGUCUACUAUACGCCUAAGAGGCUAAUGACCUGAAACCAAUAGAAACAAAGUUAAAAAUAAAUUAAAACAAAUACGAAUAUAUUUUCUAAUCAAAGCUGUCAAAAGUAAGCUGGGGUACUGAUAAUAUUAUAAAUGUACUUAUGUUUAUAUUAAACUAAAUCUCGGAUAAGUACAGCACGAAUACGUCACCACGGUUUGCUAUGCUUUGGCUUAUAUUGAAAUGCCUGCUCGGUUACGCGCUAAUCAGCUUUGAUGUAAUAAUCAAUAAUCAUCUAGCGGCUGCUGAUGCCACAGUGGAGCAAGAUGGCGAGAAACCGCAUAUAAUUUUCAUACUAGCUGAUGAUUUGGGCUUCGAUGACAUUAGCUUUCACGGCUCGCAGGAAUUUCUCACGCCCAAUAUCGAUGCGCUCGGAUAUCAUGGUAAAAUAUUGGAACAUCUGUAUGCGCCAGCUAUCUGUACACCAUCGCGUGGAGCGCUCAUGACUGGCCGGUAUCCGAUACACACAGGUACACAACAUUUUGUUAUUAGCAACGAAGAACCAUGGGGAUUGCCGACAAAUAUUACAAUGUUGCCAGAAAUCUUUCAAAAAGCUGGCUACUCCACUAAUUUGGUGGGUAAGUGGCAUUUGGGUUUUGCAAAACGUGAAUUCACGCCCACUCAUAGAGGUUUCGAUUAUCACUAUGGCUAUUGGGGUGGCUUUGUAGACUACUAUCAGCGACGCAGUCUCAUGCCGGUACCCGGCUACUCUAUGGGCUAUGAUUUUCGUCGCAACAUGGAGCUGGAAUGUGCAGAACGUGGCACAUAUGCAACGGAACUUUUCACGCGUGAAGCUGAGCGUAUAAUACUGGCGAAUAAUAAUACAAAGCCGCUUUUGCUCGUUUUGAGUCAUUUGGCAGUGCAUGCGGGUAAUUCGGAUGAUCCCUUGCAGGCGCCAGAGGAAGAAAUUGCAAAAUUUCAAUACAUCAAGGAUCCUAACAGGCGUACUUAUGCGGCCAUGGUCUCACGCCUGGAUCAGAGCGUAGGACGUAUUAUACACACGCUCGAAAAGGCCAAUAUGCUCAAGAACUCCAUUGUGAUAUUCCACUCUGAUAACGGUGGACCUUCGGUUGGACUGUUUGCAAACUCUGCUUCCAACUUUCCAUUGAGAGGGCAAAAAAACACUCCGUGGGAGGGUGGCGUGCGUGUAGCUGGCGCCAUUUGGAGUCCUCUCAUGCGUGAACGUGCCUCACUCUUUCAUCCAACAAUGUACAUUGGGGAUUGGUUACCCACGCUAGCUGCUGCUGCCAGCAUACCAUUGAAUCGCUCUGCCCUGCGCUUGGAUGGCAUCAAUUUAUGGCCAGCGCUUAGUGACGCUUCCUCUAAUCACAGUCUACCGAAAAAAAAUCGUGAAAUAGUACACUUUCUUGAUGAUAUAUGGAACGUGGUCGCUUUCCAACAAGGCGAUUGGAAAUAUGUGAAGGGCACCACUUCAGCGGGACGCCUCGAUAAUCUGCUCACCUAUCGCGAGCUCGUCGACACUGAUCCGCGUAGUUUAGACUACUUCGCGGCAGUGGAAAAUUCAACAACCUCGCAAGUAUUGCGUAAAUAUGACGAAUCACAGCUGCAGCGCGAGCAUGUAGAGCAGCUACGUAAUGAGGCUACAAUACGCUGCGGCACGGGCGUGCAACGUAGCUGUAAUGCACUUAUUGAGGAGUGUCUCUACAAUGUGGCUGUGGAUCCGUGUGAACGGAAUAAUUUAGCUGCCUCGCGUGAUUAUAGCGAUGUGCUGGCACGCAUGCGCAGACGUGUACGGCAGCAUAGACGCACCGCUUGGCCACCGGGCAACCAGAAGGGGUAUUUCGAGUAUAGUCCCUCGCAUCAUCGCUGCGCUUGGACGAAUUUCUUGGAGGAAUCUGCCAGUGAAGAAUCUUUCGAUUGUGGCCUUUAUGGAAUGCCGUGUGAAUUAGAUAGUUAAAAUAAAAUUGCAUAUGGACUAUCCAAAUAUACUUAAAUGUCAUAGUCAUUGAAAUAAAGUUUUCCAGGGACUUCGAGUUUCUAGAGUACGAGUAAU